AUGUCUGAACCACCGCAAGCCGUAUCCACCACGGAAGAUUCUAUGACCGAUGUCGGAGAGAAGACGCAGCCAGCCGAAGAUAUCCUGAAAGCCUUGCAAGCGCUGCAGAACGCGAGCCAACCUCAACCGCCAUCCGGAGAAGGCAGCCAAGAGACCAUCGCCGCCGACGACGUAGACAACACAAAUGCAGCGUCAAUGGAAACUGUCGCAACUGAACCGGCUGAGCCAAGCGAGCCACCGUCCGAGUGGGACUUGCUGCAAACGCGCCUGCACGACAACCCGCACGACACGGAAGCGUGGCACAAGCUCGUCAAUCUAGCUGAGAGUUCUGGCGACAUUGAGAAGAUUAAGACUGCGUACGACCAGCUGCUGCAAACUUACCCCAACACUUCUGCCGCCCAGAUAGCUUACAUCUCGCAUUUCCUCGACUCGGGCGAGUUCCAGCAGGCUCAAGCGCUGUUCAUAAAGUUCUUGAGGACGUCACCGGAUGUCGACUUGUGGAAGUUCUAUCUCACUUAUGUCAGGCGUAUGAACACGUCCCCAGCCACGCGUGAUGAAGUACAAAAGGCAUACGAGUUUGCAUUGAAGACCGUUGGCCAGGACAAGGACAGCGGUGACAUAUGGAACGACUACAUUCAAUUCAUCAAGUCCCGAGAGAUUAGUACGACAUGGGAAGAGCAACAAAAAAUGGAUGCUCUACGGAAGAUAUAUCAUCGUGCGAUCCCUAUCCCGCUUGAGAACCACGACAAGCUCUGGUCGGAAUAUGAAGCCUUUGAGAUGGGUCUGAACAAGGUGACGGGAAAGAAAUUCAUUCAAGACCUUUCGCCAUCGCACAUGCAAGCCCGUGCAGCGUCCCGGCAGCUUCAGAGACACGUCGCGCUCCUGUUCCCUCCGGCGCCUCCGAGCAACAACGGGCGGCCCGCUUUGUAUCUCCCCUCGCCGCCGACGUUUGCGCCGCCCGAACGCGCGCUCGUUGGUCAAUGGAAAGCGUACCUCAAGUGGGAGGAAAGCAACCCGUUGGAAAUGGAUGAGAAGGACAAGGCAACAUUUAUCCAGCGGGUGCAGAUGGUGUACCGAAAAGCUGUCAUUCGAAUGCGAUUCUUCGCGGAGAUUUGGUAUAUGGCAUAUGUUUGGACUAAAAGUAUCGGUAAGCUACAGGAUGCUGUAGCUCUACUUGAGGCCGGCAUUGAAGCCAAUCCAUCUAGUUUCCUGCUGAAUUUUGCGUACGCUGAAGAGCUAGAGAUUCGCGGCGAGAAAGAAAAAGUCCAUAAGGUAUACGAGAACCUUCUUGAAACCCUAAGCAAGCAGCUCGAAGAGCUCGAGAAGAAAAUCACGCCGGCUAGUUCCUUCAGUGCCAACAUGCCCACGACUGGCAAUGACAGCGGGAAUGCUGCGAAUGGCUUUGCGGCUCCGGCAGAAGGCGGGGCGGGUUCUAACAACUCGUCCUUCAGCUCGCAGAACUCCGAUGAGGCCCCGAGCAAGACUAAGGAACUUGCCGACCGACGGACAGAAUAUGGUCUCGUGUAUAUCAUGUACAUACGAUUCGCUCGCCGUGCCGAAAAUGAGAAGAGUGCUCGCGCCAUUUUCUCCCGUGCUAGGAAGGAUCGCUGGACACCUUGGGAAGUGUAUGAAGCUCACGCCCUGAUGGAAUACCACUGUCAGAAAGAAACCCUCGCCACCAGCCGUAUAUUUGAGGCAGGUCUAAAGGCGUUCGGGCAUGAGGUCGAGUUUGUUCUCCGUUACCUUGGUUUCCUAAUCUCCAUCAAUGAUGAAAAUAAUGCUCGGGCGUUGUUCGAGCGGGUGAUUGGUACGUUCCCGCCAGAUAAAGCUCGACCCCUUUGGGAAAGGUGGGCCCGCUACGUCUACCAGUACAUGAAUCUCGAGACUGCUCUCAACCUUGAGAAGAGGAUCGCUGAAAUAUACCCCAACGAUCCUCCGAUUAAACGUUUUGCACAGCGGCACACAUACCUUGGGACGGAUGCAAUCGCUGCUCGGGACCUCGGAUUCUCGUUUGCCAGACCACCCGCACCGGCGCCCUCGACCAGCGCUCGUGGAAAUGCGUUGGGCCCCAAUGAUACCGCUCAGUCCCUACUAGGGGCCCCCAAUCAAAAUACUAGCCAGGCGUUCCAGGCUCCGCCGCCGAGCUCGGGGCACAAAAGAGCGCCGUCGCCAGACCACAAGAGAAGAGACGACGGUCCCGGCAGGGUCAACGAUGGACCUCCCGUCUAUAAAAGAGCUAGAGCAUCUCCGCCUCCACGCGAAAGAGACCGUGAUAGGUGGGACGGGCCUCCACGUCGUUAUGGCAGUCCUGCUUGGGAUCGAGACAGGGAGCGGCGUGGCCCCCCGCCACGAAGAAUGGAGAUGGAGAGAGAGGAAGAGAAGCCUGUGGUCUUGCCACCGAUCCUUUCAUCCUUCAUCGGACAGCUGCCCUCGGCGGCUGCUUUCAAUGCUUAUGGCGAACCCGCGUUCCGAACUGAUGAUCUAAUGCAAGUAUUCCGUAACGCUAUUAUUCCUAGUGUGACGAGACCGCGGUCCCCACCACCACCACCCCGUCCGACACGACCGCCUCCAGACUAUGGGCCGUAUCAGGGACCGGGUGGAGGUCGCGGCGGGAGACGGUAUUAG